UCUGGCUUCCUUAUCCUGCAUCCCAUAUGGCAUCUUCUACUGUGAAAUAAACAAAUUGGAAAAAAGGGCAACAAAAGCCCCAGGAGGAAGGAUGCCAUGGUUAUACAACUAGUUAGGUCCUGUACAGUGGGACUCCUGAAACUGAAUAAGCACUGGGAACCACGUGAUAUUUGGGGGGGGGGAUUUGUGGGGAGAUGGCUGAAACUGACAAAUACAGGAAACUGGUAAAUAAGGAACAAACACUGAGUUCAGCAUUAUUGUUAUUUUCGAGAACCUGCCGCGAAGAAAAUGAAUGUUGCAUCUAAAAGUAAAGAUCCCGGUGAUGCCAUUUCAGAUACUGUUAAUAUGGAAUUGUGUUAAUGUAUCCUGCCUUCUUCCCCAGAUUAAACAGAGAGCGUCUGCUGCCUUCUCUGAUGCCUUGUUGGAAGCCUAGGAAGCAAGGCUUCCUGGUGUCAAAUUCAGGGAGACAGGAGGCGACAGGGUCAUGCCCAAGAAAGGAGGGAGACGAGCUAGAACAGAGAAGGAACCGGGUUUGCCAUGCAAGCAAGCAAAAACAGAAGCAGUCAGUCCUUUGCUUUGGAAGUAUGACAACCCAGAGAGCUUAUUUGAGAGUUUGAUUGCUCCUAUCAAAGAAGACGAAUUUUUCAGAGUAUAUUGGGAGCAGAAGCCACUGCUGCUUCAGAGAGAUGACCCCUCUGUGGCAUCUUACUAUCAGUCUCUCUUUCAGUUAACUGACUUGAAAGACCUAGUCAAACAAGGCUUGUAUUAUGGGAAAGACAUCAAUAUAUGUAGAUGUGUGAAUGGUAAAAAGCUUAUUUUUAAUAAAGACAGAAAAGUCGUCUACGCACAACUGAAGAAAGAUUUUGAUCAGAAAAAGGCUACAAUACAAUUUCACCAGCCACAGAGAUUUAAGGAUGAACUUUGGAGGAUCCAAGAGAAACUGGAAUGCUACUUUGGCUCCUUGGUUGGAUCUAAUGUUUACAUUACUCCUCCUGGAUCCCAAGGCCUGCCUCCACACUAUGAUGAUGUUGAGGUGUUUAUCUUACAACUUGAAGGAGAGAAGCACUGGCGGCUCUACCGCCCAACUGUUAAUCUAGCUCAAGAAUACAAUGCUGAACCCGAAGAGAGAAUUGGAACUCCAACUCAUGAUUUCAUAUUAAAGCCAGGAGACUUGUUGUAUUUUCCAAGAGGAACAAUUCAUCAAGCUGACACUCCUCUUGGGAUAUCUCAUUCUACCCAUAUUACCAUUAGCACAUACCAGAACAACUCUUGGAGAGAUUUCUUACUGGAUGUGGUUCCUGGACUUCUUUUGGAUGUAGCAAAAGAAGAUGCUGAGUUUCGAAAGAAUAUUCCAAGGCAAUUGUUGAUGCGAAUGGAUUUAUCCGAUUCAUCCAAGCAGUUAAGCAGCUUCCUGAAACGCCUUGAAGGCCAUUUGGAAAACGGGAGGAAACUGAGAUCAACCUAUAUGAAAAAAGAUUUUAUUACGAGCAGAUUGCCUCCUUUUAUUGAAACUAAUUUUGAUUUUCUAACUCCAGAUGGAGCACUACCAAAAGGAGACAGCAUAAUCAGGUUAAAAUUUAAAGACUACACACUGAUUGCAAUAGAGCCAGAACAAGACCUUUUGAAUGAUUCAGUCAAAGAAAUGGUUUUUGUUUACCACUGCUUAAAGAAUAAGAGGCAGAUCCAUAUGAUGGGGGAUGAGAAUAUGAAUCAGGAAGAAAUAGCAGAGAAGACUCAUGGAUUACGAUUUCCUCUUUCUCACAUGGAUGCACUGAAACAAUUAUGGAACUGUGAUACUGUUUGCGUUGAGGACCUUAAUCUUGGUUCAGAAGCAGAAAAAGAGAACUUAGUGAUAUCACUGUGGAGUGAAUGCCUUAUUGAAGUAAUUUAAAGGUUCUCAUCACAGUUAAGGAACCUCCUAUGUUCUGUAUUUGUGUAGAAUGGUCUAUGAAUUUAAGCCACCUUAAUGAACAAGGACUUGACAACCAACCAAAGCAUAUUACACAGAAAUUAUUCAUAAAAGGCUCUCAUACGAAGUUCUUAGGCAUUUAGUAAGGUUGUGAAACAGAUUCUUUCCAGAAUGCCAGAUAGUUAUGAAUUGAGGCAUGAAAACAUGUGAACCUGAAAUAUGAGCAGGAUGCUGCCUGAUUUCUUAAUGUGUAAAGUAAGAACACACUGAAGUGAUGGGGUCAGUGAUGACGGCUUCUCUGUACAAAAGGUUGCUUAUUUGUGCUACUGAAUUUUGCUUCCUAAAGUGCCAUCUGAAAUUGUGAAUAGUAGUGUGUUGAAUAAAGCGAGGACAUUAAUAUAAAAAUCUUGCAGUGCAAUACAUUUCCUUAAAUGAAGAAAAUUCUGUAACUUGUGCAACACAGUUUCAUGUACACGAAUAGCAAUGAGGCAUCAUAUUGCCAGCCAUGUAAGCUCAUGAGCAAGAGAAUGAAAACUGACUCUUUU